AUGCCUGAAGGGCUGGGUACAGAGAAGGAAGGGAUAGAAGCUGGCUUCUCUUCUUUCACUCCUGCACCUGGAUUCUUAAAAGUGGACCUGUUUCCUAUUAAUAUUCCAAGGUGCAGCCACUGUGUGGUCAGCAUGAGUCGACAGCCAUCCAACUCAGGAAAGACCCGUGGACACAAUCAGCAAGUUCUACUCCAAGACUCUCCAUUGAUGAUGAACAUACAGCCUCACAAGUCUGAGAGGGAGUGCGGGGCUUUGAAAUCAUCUACAACUGGUAGUAAUGAUCUGGCCAGCUUGUUUGAGUGUCCAGUCUGUUUUGACUAUGCCCUGCCUCCUAUUAUGCAAUGUCAGAGUGGACAUAUUGUGUGCCACUCAUGUCGACAGAAAUUGUCCAUGUGUCCUACAUGUCGGGGACCACUAGGUAAUAUCCGGAAUUUGGCCAUGGAAAAGGUUGCCAUGACAGUACUUUUCCCAUGUAAAUAUUCAACUAAUGGUUGUCCUGUCACAUUGCUUCAUACAGAGAAAUCAGAACACGAGGAAACCUGUGAGUGCAGGCCAUACUGCUGUCCCUGCCCUGGUGCAUCCUGCAAAUGGCAAGGUUCAUUAGAACAAGUUAUGUCUCAUUUGGUGCAGUCUCAUAAAAGUAUAACCACAUUACAAGGGGAAGAUAUUGUAUUCCUGGCCACAGAUAUAAAUCUUCCUGGAGCAGUAGACUGGGUAAUGAUGCAAUCAUGCUUUGGACAAAAUUUUAUGCUGGUGCUAGAAAAACAAGAAAAGAUUGAUGGACUGCAGAUGUUCUAUGCAAUUGUGCAGCUAAUUGGCACACGGAAACAGGCAGAGAAUUUUGCCUACAGGUUAGAAUUGAGUGGUCAUCGCCGCCGCCUGACCUGGGAAGCAACCCCUCGCAGCAUUCAUGAUGGCGUGCAGUCAGCUAUUUUAAGCAGUGACUGUCUGGUGUUUGACACCAACAUAGCUCAGCUCUUUGCUGACCAUGGUAACCUGGGAAUCAAUGUGACCAUUUCCUUGUGUUAG